AUAGUAGACCUGACCUGUUGUCCAGAGUUAAGUAGACUGAUCUAAGCUCUGUAGACUGAUACAAGCUUUAUUACCCUUUUUGCACUGGUGCAGAAUUUAGACUUGGGAUGUCGUUAGCUAACGGAUUUGCUCGUUUAAUUUCUACUGCAAUUGCUGUAAGGUUGGAUAUUUCCCAAUUACGUUAGGGUGAUCAUUUCAUGAGUUUUUCCAACCUUUUCCAGUUGGUGGCAGCAAUACACAUUUUGGCAUCUGGUCUCGAAAUAAACCCACAACAGAAGAAGAAUGCUCUCCAGCAGGCUAUCAGCAAAAACAAUAUCAUUUAAUGGAUGGUUAUUAAAAUAGAACUAAACAUGACUGUAAUAUGGUGUAAAGCGUGACCGUUCCCACCGUCAUGAACGACAUUAUGGAGGAAAGGGACACUCUCCUCGCUGCUGUCCCCGAGUCCCAAGAUUUAACGCUGGGUCAUCCUGGCAUCAACAGCAGCACAAGACCAAAGGCUACACAUGUGGGCAUCAGACCUGUGGAGAAGAGAGGACCCUAUAUCAUGUCUAAAGCCCCAGCCAUUCACAUGAAACUACAAAAACACAGGGAGAUGGCCCGUAAAGCACUGAAGAAAAAAGGCCUUACUUUGGGAGGUCCAGUGUUGCAACAGCCCAGACAAGGAGGCAAGAGGACCAUCAAGUUCAACAAAGGUUAUGCUGCUUUGAGUCAGCAUGCUGAAGAUACCCUUGUAGCAUUGGAAUCAGACAGUGAUGAUGAGUUGGAUGUGGAGCAAUAUUCCUCAGGAUACUCUUCAGCUGAGGUGCACCCAGACCUGAGCAAGCAGCUCCUACAGGACGGAUACCGGCUGGAUGAGAUCCCUGAUGACGAAGACCUGGACCUCAUUCCCCCUAAAGCCAUGGGCUCCUCCGUCUGCUGCUGUGCUGAAGCCCCGUCGUGCUCUAUGCAGUGAGGAGAGACCCGGCUCGGCCUUCCGCUCUCUUUAAAGACUGUUACCCAGACACCUCAGCCACUGUCUCAGCCAAGCGAGGCCUGCUGCCCAUAACUACCGCAGCAUGAAUCCCUCCUAACACUCAGAACUGCUAACACAUGUUUACACAGUGCUUUCCAUCCCCUAACUAACCAACCUUAAAUCUGGGUUAAAGUUUCUGUCAAAACAGGACUGUCACCGUUGAAGGUUGACCUGUGUAUUGUUUUGGACCUAAAUGAAGUGCUAACCCUGUUGCCACUCUGAAUAGACAGGUCAGGGUGAUUCAUGUUUAGACAUGCACUGCAGUCUUACAUCUAAUGGGCAAGGUGACUGCCUUAAUGUCCAGAUUGACAUACCAGGUGUCACUCCCAGAUCGGUUUUGACAUUGAGGAUUUAUAUGCGUUGUAGUAUGCAUACAGAAAAUGUCCCUGAGUGGUUUGAGGCUUUUCUUUUUUGCAGGCUUUUCUUGCUGUAUUUCUUUUCAAAGUGGGACCUAUGAAAACAAACCAAAACGUGAACAUUCCCUAACUAUAAAUGUAUUGAUUGGCAUUGUUACACAUCUAAAAUGUCCCUGUUUCAGUGUUGUGAGUCAGUGGCAUGAAUCCUAGGAUACAAUGUCAGAUCCCUGUCUGUGGCUUUGUUACUAACUACAUGAUUGACUUGAUUAUGAAUUCAUGCUUUAAAUGAUAGUAUAUGGAUACUAGCACUUAACUCUAAUAGCAGGCCUGCCUUUCAAUAAUUUGUCCACAGACCCUGAAGUAUUUGAUGUAAAAAUGUUACAAAAUGGCACUGUUAUUACUGUACGGUGGUCAAUCUAGUCCUGGUUGUGAAGGUUGAAAAUUACAGCUGAUGUCACUGAGGUUAACCGCUACUUAAAGGGCAAUGAUGUACACAACAAUAUAACUCCCUACUGUAAAGUAGAUGCUCAGCAAUUUUUUUUUAUUUUCCUCAGCCUCAUAAUACUGUUUCUUAAAAUUUCAAAAUGAGCAGUGCUUUGCAAGUACACUAAAUAAUUUUGAAGAAAACCUGCCUGUCUGACAGGUGUCACGAGUGUGAUUAUUCCUCCCUCAAGAGCCCUUGUGUGGCUAAUAUAAGAAGUGUGUUUGUGUUUGCUAACCACUGUUUAUUUUUGCAGUUUGGAAGAUGUGCGUGACAGUUGGAGUUCUUGACCUGUGUAGAUAGAUGUACAUAAAUAUUGCACUUCAUACCACCAGGUGCAGUCAGUAGCCAGUAUAAUGCACUAUUCUGUACUAUGCAACUAAUGGGACAAUCUGCUUCAGGAUUCUAGUUACAACAAUGUAUCAAGUGUUACUGGGUGCUAAAUGCAAUAUAGGUGAAAGGAGUCUUUGUAUUUGAUUAGAAUUGUACUUUUGCAUUUCAAUAAUAUUCAUAAAUAUAUACAUCCUUU